CACAAUUACAUGGCUAAUGGCAAUUUCACAUUUGUUACUGAGUUUAUCCUUUUGGGACUGACAGAUCAAGCUGAACUGAAAGUGUUUCUCUUCAUACUGUUCCUGCUGAUCUAUGUCAUCUCCUUGGUCGGGAAUCUAGGAAUGCUCUUUCUGAUCCAAAUGACUCCCAAACUCCAAAUGCCUAUGUAUCAUUUCCUUAGCUGUCUGUCAUUUGUAGAUGCAUGCUAUUCAUCAGUAUUUGCACCCAAAAUGUUGCUGAACUUUUUUGUUGAACGUGAGACAAUCUCGUUCUCUGCGUGCAUAGUGCAGUACUUUUUGUUUGUGUCACUGCUCACCACAGAGGGCUUUUUGCUGGCUGUGAUGGCUUAUGACCGUUAUGUAGCCAUUGUAAACCCAUUACUUUACACAGUGGCUAUGACCAAAGCAGUUUGUGUUGGACUGGUGCUUGGUUCAUAUGUAGGAGGUGUAGUCAACUCAUUGACACACAUAAUUGGCUUAAUGAAGCUGUCCUUCUGUGGGCCAAAUGUUCUCAGCCACUUCUUCUGUGACCUUCCCCCCCUCUUGAAGUUGUCCUGUUCUGAUACAUCCAUGAAUGAGCUGUUGCUUUUGGUCUUCUCUGGAGUCAUUGCUAUGACCACGCUCCUGAUUGUGAUAGUCUCCUACAUCUUCAUUGUUGCUACAAUCCUGAGGAUCCGCUCAGCAGUUGGCAGACAGAAAGCCUUCUCCACCUGUGCCUCACAUCUGACAGCUGUGACCUUGUUCUAUGGCUCCAUCAGCUUCAGUUACAUCCAACCCAGUUCCCAAUACUCCUUGGAACAAGAGAAGGUGGUGUCUGUGUUUUACACCCUGGUGAUUCCUAUGUUAAACCCACUGAUUUACAGCUUAAGGAACAAAGAGGUGAAGGAUGCUGUGAAAAGGGCUGUGGACAUGAAACAUUUCCUAUGUUAA